UUGACUGCGUAAGCGCGUGAAAGCGGGCCUUUAUUUCCCCGAGCGCCCGGUUUCCGGUCGAGGGGGACGUUUUUCGCUGACGGACCCGGAAGUAUUGUGAGGUUAACUCGGUUUUCACAGUACUACAUUCACUUUUGGGAAACAUCGAGAACAUGUGGAGAAGAGGUUCAGCACAGGUGUUCAGGCAGCUGAUUAGAAACAACACCACUGACACCAGCCUCAUCCUGGAGAGAUCAAUAAAUCGUGUCCAGUUGUUAGGCCGAGUGGGCCAGGAGCCCGUGAUGAGACAAGUGGACGGCCGCAACCCCGUCACCAUCUUCUCGCUGGCCACCAAUGAAAUGUGGCGCUCCGGGGAAGGCGAGACCAGCUCGUCGGGUGACAUCAGCCAAAAGACAACAUGGCACCGUGUGUCCAUCUUCAAACCCGGUUUGAGGGACGUGGCCUAUCAGUACGUCAAGAAAGGGGCCAGGGUUCUUGUGGAGGGUAAGCUGGAUUACGGUGAGUAUGUGGACAAGAACCAAGUGAGACGCCAGGCCACGACCAUCAUCGCAGACAACAUCAUCUUCCUGAGCGACAAUGUUCGCGACAGAACAUGAAGGCCUCGUUGAUCUGCGCACUUUUUUCUUCUUCUUUUUUUUUUUUCCUUUGUGUACCCCAAAUGACGCGGACGCCGCAGUGACAGACUGUUUUCAUACGACGCAAUUUGAAGACACACAAAAGGCGUGUUGGACGGUGGCGCAUCCUAUUUGUGGGGAACAUCAUCCAGUCGGUUCUCCAAAUGAAUCACACAAUUCUUGCAUUGAUUUUGCAAUGUAGUUUUGUGUCCAAAAUGUCCCGAGGAUGCUGUUUUCCCUCCCAAGUGAGCAGAUAAGGCAAGAGGUGUCCUUGUCACAUCAUAUGUAAGGAAAAUGACCCAUCAUCCAUUCUGCUUUCAGUGAUUUGUCAUAGGCUUAAAGCCAAUGAUUAUUGAAACAUUCUAAGCACACACCUGUUUCCGUGUUUCAUUCUUAGUCAUUUGCAAAUUUUUACUUUCUGGCGUGCAGCUGUUGUUUGUGUUGCAUUUCCUUCCUUCAAAACUGGCUGGUUUCACUCACUGUGAAAAGACAUUGAAAGUCAACAUUUUGUGCGUUUGUGACCUUAUUUCACAAUGUCGCCCACAUUGACAAGAACAGCAUUGAAGUAGCCAUGUGUCAAAUAAAGUAGAAUUAAAACGUUAA